CACCCUCCUCUGUCCUCUCUCCCCCCCUCUCUCUUAUUAGUGGAGCACCUCUCUCACUCUCAGUCCCAAUGCUCAGCGCAACACUCGUCCUGCCUCUUUCUCCAUUCCCCCUUCCUCCGCCGCCAGCUAGGGUUACGGUCGCCGGUAGCAAUACCUGUGAUAGCGCCGGUGGGAGGGUGGCGGCGACCCGCGCGGAUGGCCGGGGGAGACGCGUCGACGGGGGCGGAGGUGGACGCGGGCUUUGAGUUCGCCUUUGACAACGAGACCUUCUCCGACAAGGUGCUACGCAUAGAGGUCGUCGCCGGCAGCGGCGACGCGCCUGGGCCGAGCGCCGGCGCCGCCAGCCGCAAGCGCCGCCGCGAGGGGGACGAAGGUGGGGAUGAAGAGGAUAUUGACACUUCUUGUACUGUGAUGGGUACACCGAUAAUACAAGUCAAGACCAUACAUGUCAGUUCGGUGAUCCUUGCUGCAAAAAGUUCUUUCUUUCUGAAGCUUUUCUCAAAUGGCAUGAAAGAAUCUGGUCAAACCCAGGCAACAGUUAGAGUUGCUGAUUCAGAGGAAAAGGCCUUCAUGGAGCUUUUAGGCUUUAUGUAUAGUGGAAAGUUGACACCGACUGAGCCCACUCUUCUGCUUGAUAUCUUGAUGGCUGCUGACAAAUUUGAGGUUGUUUCUUGCAUGAAGCUCUGCGGUCAGCGGCUCAUAGACCUUUCCAUGAACCUAGAAUCGGCAGUGAGGUGCCUAGAUCUCCCAUGUUGCAUUUCAAUGGCAGAUGCCCUCCAAGAGGCAGCCCAGAAAUUCUUUGCUGAAAGUGGAAGGUACAAGAAAUUCCCGGAGUUCCAAGAUGAACUAAUGAGGGUCCCUUUCCUUGGGAUUAUGGCCAUCUUGACAAGGAAUGACCUUGAGGUUGCAUCUGAAGUAGCUGCCUAUGACUUUGUGAUCAGGUGGGCCUGUUCAUGGUACCCAGAUUCGGAGGAAAGUCGCAGGAUCUUGAGUUCUUUUUUAAUUCCAACAGUGAGUGUACACAAGGCCAAUGCCUUAUUGUCAGAUUUCAUACAAAGCAUGAAGAGUAUUCUGAAGCAGUAGUGGUUGCGUGCAUUAGCCACUAGCUUGAUGUCCCUUGCCCCAAUUCCCUUCCUGUUUUUGCGAGCGAGGAGAAGCCCCUGUUCCUCUGAACCAUUCAAAACCUGAACUGUGAUGCUCUAGUUAUUUACUAGCAUUGUUCUCCCUUUUGGCGACUGUAACGUAGCAUGUGAACAUCUAGAAUUUGAUGCUGGGGGUUCACCAUCUCAGCACAUGUGUGUGUUCUGCUACGCACCGAACGUGCUGGCCAGUUUAUGUACACUUCGUCGGCUGAUAUAUAUCGCAGACUCUGUAAUUUGGAGUAUAAUCCUUAAAAUCUAUGUUAUGUGAUGAUCUUUUGCUGAUUA